CUCUGUAGUAUCUAAUCCAACAUGACCGCGUGGGAGUGAGGUCGUCAAGGGCGAGGGCUUCAAGGGCUUUGUUGUCUUUUGUCGGGUCUGUUUCUGUUUUGGUGCCAGACCCUUGAUCAGGCCUUUGGCACUCUUCGCCAAUUUCAUGGCCCGAGUUUCCAUUUGUUUGUGGUGGGGCAGAAUCUGAUUCGGGAAAUGUCAACAAUCACUCGCCUGCCGUCCAAUAACCACGCAGCCUACAACUAGUCCAACGUCCAGGUCGCAGCCUGGUCGAGUCGAAGAAAUCGGUGCGCGGUCGACCGUCGCCAAUCGGGCACUUAUCUUCUUGUUGUGUUGCGAGUGCUGCUGGUGCACUGCGAGUCACUGUGAGCGCGUCACCGCCUGACAACCGGGUACCGAAACAAACCGCAUGAGUACGAUUACAAUUCACCAAACUCCUCGCAUUGCAACAUCGACAACAUGGCGGACCAGGUCGAAUUCGACAUCAACGAAGCCCUAAAGCUGUAUCUCAGCGACGCGGCGACCAUUCCCACCCCAGAGGCGAGCGCCGACCUCCUAGACUGCGAUAAUGACCCCGAGAGUCUCACACCAGCCCUCGUCAACAAUGCGCUGGAACCGGUGGUAGAUUUGAUCGCAGAGAACCCGGAAGGGCUGAUGAGGAGUUCUGCUUUCGACACGUUACAAUUCCUAUUAAAACAGUCUUUUCUUCUUCCAACACAAACGCUGAGCAAAAUCCUGCACUUGAUCGUGACGGGCUUGGCCACGGCAGCCGAUGUUGCAGGACAUGACAUCGAAAAUGACGAGCAAGAUACGCUUCCGCACCACAAGCGGUUACUCGAAAUGUACGCGUUCCUUCUACAGUGGUCCAUCUCCUCGGUUGAGGCCAAGGCGCUCGAGAAAACAGCGACCGCCCCUGCGAGACGAGGCGGAAAAGGAGCAAAGUCUAAGUCGGCCGCCAAAGAUGAUGUCUGGGACUCCUCAAGUCAAAUACAGGGCGCCAUGGAUGUCAUGUGUCGAGUGAUGAAGCUGAAGCUGAAUCGCAUUUUCCAGACCACAUCCGACAGAGACACAUUCAUCAAUCUUUUCACUCGGUCCGUAUAUCUGAUUAUGGAGAGUGAAGCCCGGGUCAAGAUUACGGCAGUACGCAUGUUCUGCUUCAAAGUACUCUGCGUUGCCGUCAAACACCAUGGCCAUGCUCUUGGGGCACAGACGUCGAUCGUCCAGAACCUGACAUAUUUUGAACAUCUGUCAGAACCAAUGGCGGAAUUCUUGCACAUUUUAUCUGAACAAUAUGAUCAUCAUCAACUCUCCGCCGACAUCUUGAGAGAGUUGGCCGCCAAAGAAUUCAGCCAAAACGACACAAAAGGGCCGAAAUCGGUCUCGGCUUUCAUUGUCAAGCUUUCCGAGUUAGAGCCUCGACUGGUGAUCAAAGAGAUGGGUUUGCUGGCCAAGUUCCUGGACAGCGAGUCUCACGUACUGAGGUGCGCGGUGAUUGAGGUAUGUGGGAACCUGCUCGCGGACCUGAGCAGACAGGAAGAGAAGACCGAAACCACGAAAAUUCAAAUCAACGCAUUCUUCGAUACCCUUGAACAACGCUUCCUUGACACGGCACCAUUCUGCCGAGUGCGUGCGAUGCAAGUCUUCACCAAGAUUUGCGACCUAGACCAAAAAUUCCCGAAACGAAGACAAAAUGCCACGGAACUGGCGAUGCAGAGUCUACAGGAUAAAAGCAGCAACGUACGACGCAACGCUAUCAAGCUACUCAAGAAGCUUGUUUCCUCGCAUCCUUUUAGUUUGAUGCAUGGUGGCACGCUUGCGUUGAAAGAGUGGCAGGAGAGAUUGGAAGCCGUGGAAGCCCAACUGGAUGCUCUGAAGCCUCCUCCAGACACGCCUGGACUGGCUCAAACAGCAGCAGGGGAGGAGAAGGUUGAUACAGAGUUGCUGGACGACGCCACCGUGGCCGAAGAAGCCCAAGAAGAAAUGUCCGAGGAAGACAAGAUUGCCGCGGUCAAGAAGGCCCAAGAAGAAGCGGCCACUGCUGAAGUCAUCGGGAAACUCCAACUAACCCGGAAAUACUACCUUGAAGCAUUAAGGUUCAUUGAGGUGGUGCACGAGGCUUCCGAGAUUGCAGUUCAACUACUGUCUUCGCCAAACAAGACGGAGGUGAUCGACGUGAUGGACUUUUUCGUCACCAUCGAUGCAUUCAAGGUGGAAACGGCACGAAAGGGUAUUAGGCGCAUGUUACGGCUGAUCUGGACCAAGGGCAACAGUGAUGAAGGGAAAGGAGUCCAGAAUCACCUGAUCGACAACUACAAAGGUUUGUUUUUCGAUGCCCCAGAAAUCUUCAGCGCCAACGACGCUGCAAACUUUGUGGCCAGGAACAUGAUCAGCUUGACCUUUGGUGCCACUCCUGCCGAGUUGACGUCGCUUGAACAACUUCUGAGUACCAUGUUUAAGUCUGGCCAUAUUUCCGAGCUCGUCGUGGCCAAGUUGUGGCAGGUCUACGGAGUGAAUAAGGAGAUUUCAAAGGCUCAGAGACGAGGCGCCAUCAUUGUCCUGGGGAUGAUCGCUCUUGCGAACCCAGAAGUGGUUGUUAAAGAACUCGACACCAUGUUGCGAGUAGGUUUGGGACAGCUUGGAAGGCAAGAUUUUGUUCUGGCAAAGUUCACUUGUGUCGCUCUUCGUCGCAUGGUACCCCCUGCAAAGAAAGCGCACGAGAAGACCGCUCCAGUGGGUCUCUCGAGGAUGUCCAACAACAGCGAGGUUUUGCGGAUGCUAGCUUCCAUCUUGUUGACGACGUCCGCCAGCAAAGAUUGGUACGGCAUGGCAGAACAAGCCAUCAGUGCCAUCUAUGUUCUCUCCGACCACCCGGACGUCCUGUGCUCCGAGGUCAUAAGACAAAAGACUCGACUGGUCUUCCAACAGACAAAAGAUCUUUCUUCGUUGUCACGACCGUCGUCACCAGAACCGGACGCGAUGGAUGUGGACGGCGACGAAGAGCAUGAGACUCCAAAAGCACAACCGGCGCCACAGGAGCAACAGCAAGAGCAACCACAAUCACAACGACGGCCUCCAGAAGAGAAGCCGUCAAUUGCGCUGUCACAAUUGUUGUUUACCGUAGGACACAUUGCCAUCAAACAGAUUGUGCAUUUGGAACUGUGUGAACUGGACUUCAAACGACGGAAACAUGACCAAGAGAAGAACAAGGCCUCUGUUUCUAACCCAUCUCCCGACAAAUCAAUGGCAGGACCUACACCAGCGCGAAGAAAAAAGACCGCUGCCGAAGAAGUCCUAGCCGAGAAACAACAAAAGGCCGAAGAAGAAAAAGACGAACUCGACCUCAUCGGCGGCACAACCGAAGACGACUUCACCGAAGCCAUUGCCCACAUCCGCGAACGCGAAUUACUCUACGGACCUAAUUCGCUAUUAGCCAAUUUCGGCCCACUGGUCACCGAAAUCUGCGCCAACAAUACAGCGUACAAGGACCGCGAACUCCAAGCACAAGCUACUUUAUGUCUCGCCAAGCUCAUGUGCGUGAGCAGCGAGUACUGCGAGAAGAACCUGCCGUUGCUUAUUACCAUCCUCGAGAGAUCGACCGACCCCAUAGUCCGGUCCAAUGCUGUCAUCGCACUCGGAGAUAUGGCGGUGUGUUUCAACCAUUUGAUUGAUGAGAAUACCGAUUUCCUGUACCGCCGACUCAACGAUGCCGAUGAAUCUGUCAAGCGCACUUGUCUGAUGACAUUGACGUUUUUGAUCCUCGCGGGCCAGGUCAAAGUCAAAGGUCAGCUGGGCGAAAUGGCCAAAUGUCUCGAGGAUGCGGAUAAGAAGAUUGCCGAUCUAGCUAGGAUGUUUUUCACGGAACUGGCGACAAAGGAUAAUGCUGUUUAUAAUCAGUUUGUCGAUAUGUUUUCGGUACUGACGCAGGAGGGACCACUCGAUGGUGGAGUUAUGGAGGAAGAGGCCGUUAGGAGAAUUCUCAAGUUCUUGUGUGGGUUUAUUGAAAAGGACAAACACGCCAAAAACCUCGCGGAGAAACUCGCCGCCAGACUCGGUCGGUGCGUGAAUAAACGACAGUGGGACGAUACUGCUUAUGCUCUGUCGUUGUUGCAGCAUAAAAAUGAGGAGAUUAGCAAGAAACUCGGGGAGGGGUAUAGGGUUGUUGAGACGGAGGCAUAGAUACACCACAACCCAGACUUUAGUGCCUGGAGUGAUUGGGAACAGGAAGAACCAGGCUGGAGUAUUGUUUUCGGGUUAUGGGCUUGAGUAGUCUGGGACUGGACACAAGAGAUUCCCUGGGGGAGUGUGGUGUGGUGUGGUUUGGUUUGGUUUGGUUGUCACUGAGAAGUCUGGUGAGGCCACCUUAUUUUAUGCCGGCAUGAGAAUCGUCUUUUGGGGUGGAUUGUUUGGUGUUUGGGCGUUGAAUAAGGCAGGGAGGCCUUGAAGUUGUACAGUAAGUAAGGGAAGGGCUUUGACUUGAAGUUCUUCAGGGUGUUUUUCGAGUAUGGUGAUCGGGAUAGCCCAGUAAAUCGGUAUGACGAGAAUGACAACCCAUUGAUGGUUGGUUGUUCGAAUUAUCGUUUCUAUGCAGUA